CGUUCAACCUCGCUUUGAGCUAACGCUUGUAUAGCUUUUUUUGUCGAUGGCAUGGUGCUAGUAGCUACGGCAGAAAUAUCGUUGUCACGAGAAAUUACGAAUGCUUAAAGUUAAUUCUGAUAUCUAAUGGAAAAUAGUUGACUAAGGCGGAUUCCUGAAGUACAUGACAGCCAUCACGUCUUUAACAAAUCAGCACCAAGCCUCAUAUUUUGAGGUUGCAAAAUCUGCCCCAAGGUUAGCUAGCUAGCGGGCUAACGAUAGCCGAUUAACGCUACUAGUUGAGCUAACGGUAACUCCGUAGCCAGUUAACAAGUUACUAAGUCUUGAAUUCGUCGGAGUGAUUAGAAACCGACCAGAAUAGAGGAAUAGCAUGGCCGAAGCCGAUAAGUUGAACAUCGACUCCAUUAUACAACGUCUGCUGGAAGUGAAAGGCUCCAGACCUGGCAAAAAUGUUCAGCUGACAGAGAAUGAAAUCCGUGGUCUCUGCCUCAAAUCCCGGGAGAUCUUCCUCAGCCAGCCAAUCCUGCUCGAACUUGAGGCGCCCCUCAAGAUUUGUGGUGAUGUUCAUGGGCAGUACUAUGAUCUGCUGAGGCUGUUUGAAUAUGGAGGCUUUCCACCAGAGAGCAACUACCUGUUCCUGGGUGACUAUGUAGACAGAGGCAAGCAGUCCCUGGAGACCAUCUGCCUGUUGCUGGCAUACAAGAUCAAAUACCCAGAAAACUUCUUUCUGCUGAGAGGAAACCAUGAGUGCGCUUCCAUUAACAGAAUAUAUGGCUUCUACGAUGAGUGUAAGAGGCGGUACAACAUAAAGCUGUGGAAGACCUUCACCGACUGCUUUAACUGUUUGCCUGUUGCAGCCAUUGUUGAUGAGAAGAUCUUCUGUUGCCAUGGAGGCCUGUCCCCGGACCUCCAGUCUAUGGAGCAGGUGCGAAGGGUCAUGCGCCCCACUGAUGUGCCUGACCAGGGCCUCCUAUGCGAUCUGCUGUGGGCUGACCCGGACAAGGAUGUCCUGGGCUGGGGUGAGAACGACCGUGGUGUCUCCUUCACCUUUGGCGCUGAUGUGGUCACAAAGUUCCUCCACAAACACGACAUGGACCUCAUUUGUCGGGCCCAUCAGGUGGUCGAGGACGGAUAUGAGUUCUUUGCAAAGAGGCAGCUGGUCACACUGUUCUCAGCCCCUAACUACUGCGGUGAGUUUGACAAUGCCGGAGCCAUGAUGAGCGUAGAUGAGACCCUCAUGUGCUCGUUUCAGAUUCUCAAACCUGCAGACAAGAAGCUGUUCUAUGGUGCUGGAGGGAGCUUGGGCUCUGGUCGCCCAGUCACUCCCCCAAGGAAAGCUAAGAAAUGACAGCAGUAGUUUGCCCUCGACCUCCAACCCAUCCCUCCUGCCCUCUCUACCUCUCUUCUCCUUUCUUUCACCAAACAGCCAGAAAUCAAACCUAUACCCAGGGCUUUUUUUCCUUUUUUAUCUGUACUUCUUAAAACAUUUAAUGUUACGAAUUGUCUGAGUGAGUGCGUGCGUGCGUGUGCAGAUGACAAACGCAUCUCGUCUGCCGGUGAGCAUUAUAAUCAUGUGUGCACGUGUACAUUUUGUGUGAGAGUAUUAGAGAUUUAUACUUUCCCCUCUCUCUUGCCACUCCUCCAGUGGAAAGGUAAAAACCACAGUGUCUGUCUGUACAGUAAUUUUGACUCAAAAAGCAGGGUUUGGGAGACGGUGGGUGCUGACAUAAUGAAUUUAGCAGCAAACCCCUGCCAGCAGGUGGCGUGUGUGUACUUGUGGAGGGGGGAAGUAUUUUGUUUUCCCUGUCCUCUGUACUGUAAAAUCUCAAACACAGGUGUGUGCAAUGUGUGUGUGUGUGUGUGUGUGCGUGCGUGCGUGCGUGCGUGCGUGCAUUCGCUGUCUUGCCAUUCUGAGCGUGGCAUAUCGAUAUCCUUGAGCAGGAAGGAGUAUGUCACCUUGUCUCAGAAGAACAAACGCAUGCUUACACCCACACACACACACACACACACACGCAUAUGACUCUUCAGAUUCAUAUGAGCCAGAGCUGUAAAAAACCCCAUACAGUUUAGGUUUGUACAGAUUUGAUUACUUGAAAGAGAUUUUUUGUGAAUUCGUUUUGUAGUCUUUCAUCAAGUUGACCAAUAAAGCGAGAAUCUGAGCUACAA